CUGAAAGUUUGCAGCCGGGACAGUCCGUGGCGAGCAGUUUGUUUUCCUGCCUGCGGCUCAAAGUUUGGGGACGCUGACCCGCCGCUGGAGUGGAAACUGGGCCCCGGGGCUGUCUUUUGCCUCCCUCUCCGUCCCGUUAACGUUCAACCACCUUGAAUUGUUUGGGAUUCUACUUUUUGUUUCCUCUCCGGUCUCGCGGUUCUUCUCCUUGCUGCCCGCCGCUGGUGGUCGUGUCCUGCUCGGGGGCGUUUGCUCCAAAGUCUUCAUUCUUGCUCGUUUCACUUUCAUAUUUACAACCUACAUUAGUCACUUAGCACCGGAUAAAGUGACCGACGUCCCGAAAUCAUUCUUUUGUUGUCCAACCUCGUCGCUGGCGGGACUUUAUCGCCGUGCUGACGUCUUCUCCCUCACCCGACAGACGUCUCCUGCAGGCCUCCUCUCCAACUGGAACCAGCAUGAGGCCAGAGUCCGGUUGCCUGCUGGUGCUGCUGCUGGUGCUGCUGGAGUCGCUCCUGAUGUGCAGCGCUGCCAGAGGUCCACCCAGGGUGUCGGAGCGAGUGGCCCACCGGCAGAGCGUCCGCCUGGGUCGGACCAUGAAGCUGCCCUGCCCCGUGGAGGGCGACCCGCCGCCGCUCAUCAUGUGGACCAAAGACGACCGCAACAUCCACAGCGGCUGGACGCGCUUCCGGGUGUUGCAGCACGGCCUGCGCAUCAAAGAGGUGGAGGCGGGCGACGCCGGCACGUACGUCUGCAAGGCCACCAACGGCUUUGGCAGCGUCAACGUCAACUUCUCCCUCAUCAUCAUCGAUGAUUCGGGCUCCAGAGCUGCAGGCAGUGGAUCGGAACACGCUCCAGAACUUUCCCUGAAGCUCGUGCGGCCUCGUUUCACGCAGCCCGCCAAGAUGAGGAAGCGCGUCAUCGCUCGGCCGGUGGGCAGCUCCGUGCGCCUCAAGUGCGCCGCCAGCGGCAACCCUCGGCCCGACAUCGUGUGGCUGAAGGACGGCCGGCCGCUGGCGGGCAGCGAGGCAGGCGGCGCUGGCGAAGGCGAGGAGGCGGGCGGGAAGAAGAAGUGGACUCUGAGUCUGAGGAGCCUGGCGCCGGAGCAUAGCGGCAAAUACACUUGUCAUGUGACCAACCCGGCGGGCCACAUCAACGCCACCUACAAAGUGGAAGUCAUACAGCGCACCAACUCCAAGCCCAUCCUGACGGGCACCCACCCGGUCAACACCACCGUGGACUACGGAGGAACCACCUCGCUGCAGUGCAAAGUGCGCAGCGACGUCAAGCCCGUCAUCCAGUGGCUGAAGAGAGUGGAAGCCGGAGACGAGGGCAAGUUCAACUCCACCAUCGAGGUGGGGGACCAUCACUUUGUGGUUCUGCCCACCGGGGAGGUCUGGUCCCGACCCGACGGAUCUUAUCUCAACAAGCUGCUGAUAACGCGAGCCAAGAAGGAGGAUGCCGGCAUGUACAUCUGUCUGGGCGCCAACACCAUGGGCUACAGCUUCAGGAGCGCCUACCUCACCGUCACACCAGAUGUGACGCCCCAAAACAACUUGGUGGUGUCGGCGGCGUCCCCCAGCCUCCCCUGGCCCGUCAUCAUCGGGAUACCGGCGGGCGUGGCCUUCAUCCUGGGCACCGCCCUCCUCUGGUUCUGCCGGUCCAAACGCCCCUGCGCCGCCUCCUCCCCGCCCGCGUCUUCCGUUCCUCCCGCGGCCCAGCGCCUCCCGGUGGCGGGCCGGGAGCGAGCGUGCCCUCCCGCUCAGCCGGGCGGCGCGGACAAGGAGCGCCUGUCCUACGAGGAUUACGUGGCCCACCACCAGCAGCAGCAGCUGCUCGCCAAGGCCGGCGGCGGCGGCGGCCCCGCCCCCAAACUCUACCCUAAAAUCUACACGGACAUCCACACGCACACGCACUCGCACGUGGACGGUAAAGUGCACCAGCACCAACACAUCCACUACCAGUGUUAGCGCACAAAACGCCGACUUUUGCCGCACCAGUGAAGAAUGUAAAGAUUUCUAUUUUCGAAAGUGUUGUUUUUAUUUGCCAACGUUGGCGUCGUGUUCGGCGUUUGACUUCUCAAGCUCGCCUCUCUCGUGCGUGGUCCAGCGCGGUUAUAUAGCAUUUAGCAUGUAGCAUUUAGCAUGCACAGCUGUAUGAGUUGUCCGCCUCUGCAGGUGUUCCUAAUAUUGUGGCCGUUGCUGCGAUCAAAUCUUCCUUUAUGAACCUGUGAAGCUUUUUUUUCGUACUCGUAUCGUAUCGCUCGUGUUUGUACAGUCCUCGCCACAGCUCGUUAAGAUGUUUUAUGGCAGCAUUAUUUUUGCCUUUUUUUUUUUUAUGACAAAAACUCCAAACUAAGGCUUUAAGGAAAACAAGCGGACUUUCUCUCCGGUUUGUAGCGUUUAAGAAAAUCAAUAUUUUGCCAUAUUGGCGAUGAGCGGUUACUCUCCUGGUGGCCGUUGGAGGAACUGCAGAGCUGCUUCCACUCUUAAGUGCUUUCAAAUGUUUACUUGAGUUAAAACAGGGUUGUCCAACAUGCAGCCCACGGCACAUACUUUCCAACAAAUUACUCAUAAUUAGUAAUACUGCUCAUUUUUCUACUAAAAUACCAUUAAAAACCUAAAAAUGUCCUUUAAUGAUUGUGACAUGCGAUUAAACUACCCAAAAUGCAUGAUAAAUUACUUAAAAUAAUCUCAGAAAAGUAUUUCAAAUGCCAAUAAAUUAAAGACAAUGCCAUCAAAUUACCUCAAAGUUCCCAUUAAAUUAAUAGAAAAAAUACAAGGUCAUUAAAUAACAAAAGAAAGUCAUUAAAUUGCAAAAAAUACUCCAGAAGAUGUUGUUGAAUUACUCCAAAAUUCACAAUCAAUUUGUUAAGGAUGAGUAACUUUUAAAAAUAACAAUAAAUAAAACAAAAAAUGCCAAAAAAUUAUUUGAACAAAUUGCCAUUAAAUUACCCCGAAAUUCCAGAUUAUUUACAAAAAAUCCAUUAAAUCAUAAAAACAUGUCGUUAAAUUACAAAAGAAAGUCAUUAAAUUGUAAAAGAAAUACUCCAGAAAAUGUUGUUAAGUUACUCACAAAUUCACAAUAUAUUUGUUGAAGAUUGUCAUAAAUUACUUUUAAAAAUGACUAAUAAUAAAGUGCCAAUAAAUUCUUUAAACAAAAUGCAAUUAAACUACCCAAAAUGCACGAUUUUGAUGUAAAAGAUAAAUUACUUAAAAUGUCAGAAAAGUAUUUUAAAAUGCCAAUAAAUUAAAGACAAUGCCAUCAAAUUAAAUUGAAGCUCCCAUUAAAGUAAUAUUUUCAAAAUACUAUUGACUACAAAUGCCAUUAAAAGACUCAAAAUUCCAAUACAUUUACAAAAAGUACCCAUUAAAAUACGAUAACAAUGCCAUUAAACACUAAAGAAAGUCAUUAAAUUGCAAAAAAAUACUCGAAAAAAGUUGUUGAAUUACCCAAACAUUCAAAAUAUUUUUUUUAAAUAUUCUCUUUAAUUACUAUUAAAAAUAGCAAUAAAUGAUUCAAAAAUGCCAAUAUUUAAACAAAUUGCCAUUAAAUGACCCCAAAAUUCCAUAUUAUUUACAAAAAAAUCCAUUAAAUCAUAAAAACAAUGUCGUUAAAUAACGAAAGAAAGUCAUUAACUUGCAAAAGAAAUACUCCAGAAAAUGUUGUUAAAUUACUCAAAAAUUCAUAAUCAAUUUGUUGAAGAUUGUCAUAAAUAAUUUUUUUAAAUAACACUAACUAAUAAAAAAAUGACAAUAAAUUCUUUAAACAAAAUGCCAUUAAAUUACCCCAAAAUUCCAGAAUAAUUACGAAUAAAUCCAUUAAAUCGUAAAUAAAUGUCAUUAUAAAACGAAAGAAAGUCAUUAAAAGAGUAAACAAUGCCAGCGGUACAAAGAACGUCAUUAAAUUGCAAAAUAAAUAACAUAACAUUACUCAAAAGUGUUCUGUUAAAUUACCCCAAAAUUCACAUUAAACUUGUUAAAGAUUCUCAAAUUAUUUUUUAAAAUAAUAGUGUGUGAAUGUGAGUGUGAAUGUUGUCUGUCUAUCUGUGUUGGCCCUGCGAUGAGCUGGCGACUUGUCCAGGGUGUACCCCGGCUUCCGCCCGAUUGUAGCUGAGAUAGGAGCCAGCGCCCCCCGCCACCCCGAAAGGGAAUAAGCGGUAGAAAAUGGAUGGAUGGAAUAAAAAAGUUAAAAAAUUUCCAUAAAUUAAAUGCCAAUGAAUUUCCCCAAAAUUUCAGAUUAAUUACAAAAAAAUCCAUUAAAUCAUUAAAAAAAUCGUUAAAUAACAAAGGAAAGUCAUUCAACUACUAAACAAUGCCAUUAAUUACUAUAGAAAGCCAUUAAAUUGCUAAAAAAAAAAUAGCAUAAAAUUACUCAAACCCCCCAAAAAUUUGCAAUCAACUUGUUAAAGAUGCUCAUGUAUAAUUUAAAAAUAAAAAUAAUAAUAAUAAUAAUUUUAAAACAUGCCAAUACGUUCUUAAAAAAUGCAAUUAAAUUACCUAUAAAUUCCUAUUAUUUCAAUAAAGAAAUACCAUUAAUCAACUAAAAAUGCAGUGAAAUUACCCAAAAUCCCAGUUAUUUUACAAAUUAAUUCAGUUCAAUUCAUAAAACGAUGCUUAACAAUCACACAAGAAAAUGCCAUUAAAAUACCCCCCCAAAAAAUCAUAAAGUUGUUGAAGACUCAUUACAUUAUUUUAAAAAUAUAUAAGUAAACAAAAAAUGCCAAUAAAUUAUUUGAGAAAACAAUUUUCAAAAUUCACAUUAAAUUCAUUUUAACAAUACAAUUAAAACACGAAAAAAAUUGUUAACUAACCCAAAUUUCAAUUAAGUAACGAACGAUUAUGAAUAACACAAAAUUACCCUAAAAAUCCUAUUAAAUCCCACCCAAUUUUUUUUUAUAAUUAUUACAAAUUAGGGGGAAACGAUAAUAAUACGUACAGUUUUGAACUCGUCAUUUUACUUGGACUGCAGAAGACUGACGCAUGUUAAGAAACAUUUUGACUCAAAUAUUGUACUGCAAGAAAUUAAAGGGGCUUGGUUUAGUUUUUUUAUGAAAGCUGUAAUAGUCCUUUUCUUGCAUUUCUGCUUGCCAUCUUUCACUUCUUAUGUCAAAAUAAUUGGACAGCCCUGCUUUAAAGGCCUACUGAAAUGAGAUUUUCUUAUUCAAAGGGGGAUAGCAGGUCCAUUCUAUGUGUCAUACUUGAUCAUUUCGCAAUUUUGCCAUAUUUUUGCUGAAAGGAUUUAGUAGAGAACAUCCACCAUAAAGUUCCCAACUUUUGGUGGCUAAUAAAAAAGCCUUGCCUGUACCGGAAGUAGCAGACGAUGUGCGCGUGACGUCACGGGUUGUGGAGCUCCUCACAUCCUCACAUUGUUUACAAUCAUAGCCACCAGCAGAUGGAGCUAUUCGGACCGAAAAAGUGACGAUUUCCCCAUUCAUUUGAGCGAGGAUGAAAGAUUUCUGGAUGAGGAAAUUUAGAGUGAAAGACUAGAAAAAGAAAAAAAAAGGCAAUUGCAGUGGGAGCGAUUCAUAUUUUACUAGACAAAUUUACUAGGAUAAUUCUGAAAAAUCCCUUAUCUGCUUAUUGUGUUGCUAGUGUUUUAGUGAGAUUAAAUAGUACCUGAAAGUCGGAGGGGUGUGGCCACGGGUGUGUUGACGCCAGAGUCUCUGAGGGAAGUCACGGCAGCUGCAGCAGGACGCAAGCUCCGCUGAUGUCUCCGGUAAGAGGCGACUUAUUACCAAAAUGUUCUCACUGAAAACCGCCGGUUGACAUGUUCGCUUGACCGCUCUGAUCCAUAGUAAAGCUUCAUCUUCGUGAAUUUUAAACAAGGAAACACCGGCUGUGUUUUUGUGGCUAAAGGCUAAAAGCUUCCCACCUCCAUCUUUCUUCUUUGACGUCUCCAUUAUUAAUUGAACAAGAAUGCAAAAGACUCAGCAACACAGAUGUCCAGAAUACUGUGUAAAUAUGCGAUUAAAGCAGACUACUUAUAGCUUGGACAACCCGAGACAUCAAACGUCAUCAUACCGCGACGUUUUCAACAGGACACUUUGCGGGAAAUUUAAAAUUGCAAUUUAGUAAACUAAAAAGGCUGUAUUGGCAUGUGUUGCAAUGUUAAUAUUUCAUCAUUGAUAUAUAAACUAUCAGACUGCGUGGUCGCUAGUAGUGGCUUUCAGUAGGCCUUUAAGCUAAUUGGCUCCCCGUUCAACCCCCCGGCCGAUGUGCACUUACUUACCCACCUUUGCUACAUUUUUUUCCCAACCCGCCAUCCCAAAAAGUGUAUUUCACUCCUAAUUUAUUGACUACGGGCAUUAUUAUACUGCAUGCGUUGAUUUGAAUGUAAGAUGUUGUAUUUAUACGCGAGUACACAGAAGCUCCUAGAUAAUCCUUGUAAGGACAAUCUUGUAUAGUUUCAUCAUCUUAUUGUCGCCAUUAAAAAAAGGAAUCCGCGUG